UCCUCGAGCACCCGUUGUCGCCGCGCGCUCUGCUCGGACGGGCGGGCGGGAGCGUCUCCCGGACCGGGCUUCCGCUGCCACGAGCGGCUUCCGGCUCUCGCCAUCGCCGCGGCGCAGCUUUCCUCCGGCGCGGAGGAAGGAACCAGACCGGCGGCGGCGAGGCGCGUCCGGAUGGAUUCCGGGACGGAGCAGCACGGCUGCGAGCAUUACAGGCGUGGGUGCCGGGUCGUGGCGCCCUGCUGCGGCGAGGUCUUCGGCUGCCGCCAUUGCCACAACGACGCCAAGAACUCGCUCGAGGUCGACCCGCGCGACCGGCACGAGAUCCCUCGUCACGAAAUAAAAAAGGUGAUCUGCACUCUCUGCUCUGAAGAACAGGAUGUGCAACAGAAUUGUUCUAACUGUGGGGCCUGCAUGGGGGAGUACUUCUGUGAAAUAUGCAAAUUCUUCGACGAUGAUCUAUCAAAGGGCCAAUACCACUGUGAUGGAUGUGGCAUAUGCAGAACUGGUGGUGCAGAUAACUUCUUUCACUGCGACAAAUGCGGGUGUUGCUACAGCAACGUCUUAAAGGACUCUCACCGCUGCGUGGAAAGAGCAAUGCAUCACAACUGCCCUGUCUGCUUUGAGUAUCUGUUCGACUCCACGAAGGACAUCAGCGUGCUGCAGUGCGGGCACACGAUUCAUCUGGAGUGCAUGAACGAGAUGAGAGCGCACCAUCACUUCUCGUGCCCUGUGUGCUCGAGGUCCGCCUGCGACAUGACCGACACGUGGCGGAAGCUCGACGAGGAGGUCGCGGCGACGCCGAUGCCUGAGAUCUACCUGACGAAGAUGGUGUGGAUCCUGUGCAACGACUGCAGCGCGACGUCGAGCGUGCGGUUCCACGUGCUGGGGCAGAAGUGCCCCGGGUGCAGCUCCUACAACACCCGGGAGACGAGGGCGCGCUGAGCAGAGGCCACGACGGCACAGAAGUCGAGGAGGUUCGGUUCAGUCGAAGCCCGAAGCGUCCAUGUCAGUCCAUCACCAGCGACAUCAUGGUCGAGGAUGCAGCUGUAGCGCGCUGCUGUUCCCGCGGUUCCUGCCGGGAAGGCGCGCUGGCUGCAGCACAGCAGGAGAGGACUAGGAGAGACACUGUUGGAACCGGACGCUUGCAUGUUCAGAGAAUCACCGCGUGCCGACUGCCAAUAGCCUCACUGUAUUUGCUAUGGCUCACUGCUGGAGCAAGUGAAUUGAAUUACAUGAGCCUCUUCUAGGCCAUGACCGUGUACAAAACAGAAAUUGGGGAUUUUACAGGAAUAUGAAUGCCAAGCAGUUCAGUAUAA